UGAGACAUUUACACUUGUUCACUUAGUAUUUUGACUUAUCCUAUAGGUUAAGUCGACUUGUCUCAUAGGAUAACUCGAAAUACUGGAAAAAAGUAGUUCAGUCACAAGAGUCGACUUAUCUCAUAGGAUAAGUCGCUUCUUUUAACUGAAGUAUUUUACUCACUCAACUAGUAUUUCGACUUAUUCUAUGAGAUAACUCGACUUGUCCUAUGAGAUAAGUCGCCUCGUAGGUUUGAGCAAGUUAUUCUUAAUAUUUCGAGUUAUCUCAUGAGACAAGUCGACAUAUCUCAUAGGAUAACUUGAAUUCGGCACUAAACAAAUAUCUCAAUCAAAACACAGGAGUAAAUCGGUAGAAUAAGUUGAACAUUUAAAUGUGAUCUUAAAAAUCUCAAAAAUGAAUAUAUUAUGAUAAAAACAGAAGUAAUAAUACAUAAUUCUAUUUUUCAAAAGUCCAUAUAUUCUAUUUAUGGCUAACUUUUUGUGCUAAACCAGUCACCAUUGAAUGAUUCCAUGUGCCUCUACAAUGGUGUCCAUAUUUUCCCUUAAACGGUUGUUUCCCUUAAACGGUGCCCACAGGCACCGUUUAAGGGAAAUGCACGAGUUAAGGGAAAACAUUGGCGUCAUGAUGAAGGCACGAAUGGAGAGAUAGGAUUGGCUAAAAAUUUUUCAAGUAGAAAUCAUUACAAUUAAUGAUGAUUCACACUAAAAACGUUACAGUUUUUCUGAUAGCAUGAAAAUAAUAAAAUAUUAGAGAAAAUGAUGUAAAGAAAAGCAGUAAGAAAAUAAUUUAAAGCUGCAUACGAUUGUGAAAAAAAUGUUUUUUUUAUUAAUUUUUUACCAAACCUCUGGUUAAUUUUAUUGAAAUAUUCAUUUUAUGACAAAAACUUUGUCAUAAUGUUCUGAAAUUGUUUAGAAAUGUCGAUGAAAUAUAUAGAUGCUGACAACCGUAAGUUUUGAGGGUGAAGGUGAAGGUGAGGGUGGGAAUGUAUCAGUGCUGGUGAGGUCAUUGAGGAAGAGAAUAUUUCAUAUCUAUGCUCUUCUUUGAGACAUGAAUACGGGAAUAAUUCGGUGAUCAAAAGUAUGCCUUUUUCGAUCAUAAAAAAUAUUUUCACGCUCAGAUAUAGAUACCUUGCCUGUUUCAAUGUGAAUCAUCACUCACUAUAAUCAAUUUCUAUUCGAAAAAUUUUACGCCAAUCCUAUUUCUUCAUUCGUGUCUUCAUAAUGGCGUCCAUUCUUUUCCCAUAACUUGUGCAUUUCCCUAAAACGGUACCCACAGAUCUGUAUUUCUUAUCACAUUCUUUGCCGCCGUCAGACCAUAUAUUAUAAUGAACUGUAGCCUGGUGAUUCUAACUGGAAUGCAUUUUUAUAUAGACAUAAUUCUCGUUGCAUAAAAAUUCCAGAGAAAAUCUUCUUGUUUUUAUCGAUUUACUAAUCUGAUGUUUAUUUUGGAUUUAAUUCAAUCUCUUUUGAAAAAAAAAGUAUGAAAUCAGAGAAAUCCGUGGCGCCGUCUAUAAAAGUAUUUUUCACUUUUCUAAGAAAAGAUCGGGUUAAAUCCAAAACAAACUUUAGAUAAAUAAAUCGAAAAAAACAAGAAUAUUUUCUCUAGAAUUUUUAUGUAAUGAGAAUUGUGCACAUAUCCAAGUACAUUUUUCUAUAGAACCGUUAGGUCACGCAUCAAUAAGUUUAAUAACCAAUGUAAUUUUUAUUAUAGGAUAUUUUGAUGCUUACUUUCCAAUGUUAACUAAAGGAGGCUUUUCAUUGAUUUUGAGUGUAGAAAAAUUUGCUAAUGCUACACAAACAAUUUUACCUCUUCGGCGUCUUUGCUUAACUCGUACUGUUUAUGUCUCAACAAGUGAAAGGACAUCGAGGUCACUUAAUGUUCCUCUUUCUCGGUUUGAGCCAAAUGAAUAUAUUAAUUAUGAAAAAAAUGCAUCUGUUUUGGAUAUUGUCAAAAAAAGGCUUAAUCAUCCAUUAACACUUUCUGAAAAAAUUCUUUAUUCACAUCUUGAUAAUCCACAAAAUCAAAAAAUUGAACGUGGUAAGUCAUAUUUACGUUUACGUCCUGAUCGUGUUGCUAUGCAAGAUGCUACUGCACAAAUGGCUGUACUUCAAUUUAUAUCAUCUGGUUUACCAAGCGUUUUAUGUCCAAGUACAAUUCAUUGUGAUCAUUUAAUUGAAGCACAAGUUGGUGGAGAUGAAGAUUUAAAACGCGCAAAGGAUAUUAAUAAAGAAGUAUUUAAUUUCUUGGCAACAGCAAGUGCAAAAUAUAAUAUUGGUUUUUGGAAGCCAGGAAGUGGUAUUAUUCAUCAAAUUAUUCUAGAAAACUAUGCUUAUCCAGGUUUAUUAUUAAUUGGUACUGAUAGUCAUACACCAAAUGGUGGUGGUCUUGGUGGACUUUGUAUUGGUGUUGGUGGUGCUGAUGCUGUUGAUGUUAUGGCUAAUAUGCCAUGGGAAAUUAAAUGUCCAAAAAUUAUUGGUGUUCGAUUAACAGGUCAAUUGAAUGGAUGGACAGCACCAAAAGAUGUUAUUCUUAAACUAGCUGGUAUUCUAACAGUUAAAGGUGGUACUGGUGCAAUAAUUGAAUAUUUUGGACCUGGUGUUGAUUCAAUUUCAUGCACUGGAAUGGGUACAAUUUGUAAUAUGGGUGCAGAAAUAGGUGCUACAACAUCUGUAUUUCCUUAUAAUAAACGUAUGGUUGAAUAUCUUAAAGCAACAAAACGUGAAGAUAUUGCUAAUCUUGCUAAUCAAUAUCAAAGUGAACUUUUAACAGCUGAUGAUGAUGCAAAAUAUGAUCGAAUUAUUGAUAUUAAUUUAUCUGAACUUGAACCACAUGUAAAUGGUCCAUUUACACCUGAUCUUGCACAUCCAAUAGAUAAAUUAGCUGAAGAAGCAAAAAAAAAUAAAUGGCCACUUGAUAUUCGAGUUGGUCUUAUUGGUAGUUGUACAAAUAGUUCAUAUGAAGAUAUGACAAGAGCAGCUAGUAUUGCUCAACAAGCUAUAGAUAAAGGUAUUAAAGCUAAAUCAACAUUUACAGUUACACCAGGUUCAGAACAAAUACGUGCAACAAUUGAACGUGAUGGAAUUGCUGAAAAACUUCGUCAAAUGGGUGGAAUUGUUUUAGCAAAUGCUUGUGGUCCAUGUAUUGGUCAAUGGGAUCGAAAAGAUGUAAAAAAAAAUGAAAAAAAUACUAUUAUUUCAUCUUAUAAUCGUAAUUUUGUUGGACGUAAUGAUGCUAAUCCUAAUACACAUGCAUUUGUUACAUCACCAGAUCUUGUUACAGCAAUGGUUUUAAGUGGUGAUCUUCGUUUUAAUCCUUUAACUGAUUCUUUAACAGCUGCUGAUGGUAGUAAAUUUAAAUUAGAAGCACCUACAGGUGAUAAUUUACCAUCAAAAGGUUUUGAUCCUGGUGUUGAUACUUAUCAAGAACCACCAAAAGAUAAUGAGUCACUUAAAGUUGAUGUUGAUCCAAAAAGUAAUCGACUUCAAUUACUUGAACCAUUUGAACCAUGGGAUGGAAAAGAUUUUACUGAUUUCCCAAUAUUAAUUAAGAUAAAAGGAAAAUGUACAACAGAUCAUAUUAGUGCUGCUGGUCCAUGUGCUAUAAAUGAAGAAAAUAAUGAAGCAAAUAAGAUAAAAAAUCGUUUAACAAAUGAAUGGGGUAAAGUACCAGAUACAGCUCGUUAUUAUAAGAGUAAAAAUAUUCCAUGGAUUGUUAUUGGUGAUGAAAAUUAUGGUGAAGGUAGUAGUCGUGAACAUGCAGCACUUGAACCAAGAUUUCUUGGUGGUCGAGCAAUUAUUGUUAAAAGUUUUGCUCGUAUUCAUGAAACAAAUUUAAAAAAACAAGGUUUACUUGCUUUAACUUUUGAUAAUCCAGAUGAUUAUGAUAAAAUCAAGCCAGAUGAUAAAAUUUCUUUAAUUGGUCUCAAUAAAUUAGCACCUAAUGAACCAGUUGAAUGUCGUAUUAAACAUUCUAAUGGUAAAACUGAAACAAUUAAACUUAAUCAUACACUCAAUGAAUCACAAAUUGGAUGGUUUAAAGCUGGCUCAGCACUUAAUGCUAUGCGUACAUUUUUUGCUUCAAAGAAAGGACAAAAAAUGAUAGAUAAAGCAACAGGUUAA